ACCAGAGAAAGAUCAAAAUCUCCAAACUCAACGAAGAGUCAAUGACAGUCAUUCACCAUGCACCGGAAUCAAAGAGGUAUUGGUAAUCAACCUCCGGCUGGUCGAGGAUCCGUUCCGGUAACCCCGGCUUCGCCAACCAAAGCCCAACCGAGAGAUGCAAGAGCUGAAACCUGGUUGCGAACCAUCCAUAUAAACCUAGGAUGCUUUCCCCAGCCUGGCACCAAAUCAUCUCCUUGGAGACUAGAACCGUGACAAUUCUCACUCCUUACUGUGACUCAGUCAGUUGAUUGAUCCAUUGGUUUCAGCAGCGUGCUUGUCGAGUUGUGACACAACCAACCUACUGUAUACUGUGCAAUCAACCCCGGGGUAUUCCAAAAGGUGGACUAUCUCCCGGCAUCAAACAUGACGAUCGACUCUACUGAGCCGUAUUCCAUGCCCAGCAUGGUCUCCCCGCGCCAGGAAGAACCUACAAGCCGUCAGGCUCAACAGCUCAUCACUCCACAGGAGCAGCAGCACAGCUCAAUGACAGGAACUCCCCUGAACAGGGACGUCCACCUCGCUGAGAAGCUCGCUGCCCUACAAGCCCACGGCGUCAGCGCGCAGUCGCUCCCUUCCUCCGACGAAUCCGUCCUCUACCUCGCCUACGGCUCCAAUCUGAACUCGCAAACCUUCCUCGGCAUGCGCGGCAUCCGACCUCUCUCCCAGACCAACGUCGUCGUCCCUAGCCUCUGGCUCACCUUCGAUCUACCCGGUAUACCUUAUGCGGAGCCGUGUUUCGCGGCGACAAGGUACCGGUCCCAGUCUGCUGCUGCAGAGGUGUUCCAGGAAAGCAGGUAUAACGAGGACGAGGGGACCGACGACGACAUCCUUAUAGUGUCUGCGGACACAGACGAGAAAGCUACGACGACAGUCCAGCAACGGGAGAAAUCUUGCAUCCCACUCCUUCACCACCAAAAACCAACAUCAUCCCCCGGAGAACCAGACUACAGCCCCCGCAUGCCCCUCGUCGGCGUCGUCUACGAAGUCACCCUCAAAGACUACGCGCGCAUCAUCGCCACAGAGGGUGGAGGCCGAGGCUACAUCGACACCAUCAUUGACUGCUACCCCUUCCCCAAGGCGUACGACCCACACAUCGACCCAGUCCCCGAACAUCCAGGCACCGUACCCUUCAAAGCACACACUCUCCUCUCCCCUGGCGCUGCUGCUGCUGCUGCUGCUCACCACAAUCCUACCACCACCACUCAACCCUCGCAACCACCCCCUCUCCUCCCAAUCACACAACCCCCAACACCAUCAACAACACCACAAACAGCCCCAUCCAACACUCGCCCCAACCCCUUCUACGCACAGCCCUCCGCCCGCUAUCUCUCCCUCAUCCGCAACGGCGCCGCGGAACACAACCUCCCGAUCGCCUACCAGACGUAUUUGGCCCAGAUCCGACCCUACCGGAUUACGACGCUGCGGCAGCGGGUCGGGCAGGUCACGUUCCUGGUGAUGUGGGGCCCGCUGGUGCUGCUGCUGGUGAGCCUGUCGCGGCGGCUGGCGGGGCCGGAUGGGCGCAGUCCGCCGUGGUUGGUGCACGCGCAGGAUCUGGUUUUUGGCUGGAUGUGGCGGUCGUAUGAUGCUGUUUUUGCGAGGGUGUUUGGGGAUGGGGAGCGGAGUGUGGGUGCUGUUGUUGUUGGUGGUGCUGGUGUCGGUGAGGAAGUGGGAGUGGAAGGGGAGCGUGUUUGUUAGUCCUCGGCGAUCGUCAGCGCAUGGUUGGAGGGCAUGGAGUUAGAAGUUAGAGGUGAGGUGAUAACAGGCGUUGGUUGACGUAGGUGUUCACGGAGUAAGUAGGCAAGCACAUAGAUUAUGCAUAGCAUAUACAAG